AUGGCGUUCACGACGUUCAGCCUCGUCGGCAACGGCCUGCUGCUGAUCUUAAUCUUCGGUCUGGCCGCGCAAGUCGACCUCCUCGAGUUCAGAGAGAGGUUCAAGAAACCCGUCGGGAUAUGCAUCGGCCUCGUGUGCCAGUUCCUGUUCCUCCCCCUCGCCGGCUUCUGCUGCGUGAAGAUCUUCUUCGCGGACAACCCCGUCUACGGCGUCCCUCUGCUCGUCACCGUGAGCUCGCCAGGGGGCUCGUACAGCAACUGGUGGUGCUCUCUGUUCAACGCGGACCUGCCGCUGUCCAUGGCGAUGACGACCGCGAGCUCGCUGCUCGCGGUCGUGGCUCUGCCCGUGAACAUCUUGGUCUACAUCACGCUCGCGUACCCGGACGCGGGCGACGUCGUGUUGGACUGGGGCGGCCUCUUCCUGUCGCUGGGCGUCGUCGUGGUCGGGAUCUGCGGCGGGCUGUACGUCGGCCAGAAGAAGGACGAGUGGCGUCCGAACUUGAACAAGAUCGGGAACACCGCGGGCGUGGCGCUGAUCUUCUUGGGGCUGUUCUUCUCGUCCAACUCGUCGUCGCCGAUUUGGGCGCGCGACUCCAACUUUUACGCCGGCACGACGUUGCCGUGUCUGUUCGGUCUGGUCCUCUCUCUCGCGUUCGCGUACGCGUGCCGGCUGCCGAAGCCGCAGUGCCUCUCCGUCACGAUCGAGACGUGCUAUCAAAACACCGCGAUCGCGCUCGCGGUGAUCCUCGCCUCGUUCAGCAACGACGACGCGGCGUUGUGCGCGGAGUUCGGAUACGCCGCGGAUGAGAAGUGCGACGUCGUCGGCGCCGCCGCGGGGGUGCCGACGUUCUACCAGGUCGUGCAGGUGAUAUCGCUGGCGAUCGUGUGCUUGAGCGGGUGGAAGAGUAACUGGACGUACGCCCCGAGGAAGCACUCGUUCUGGAAGAUCCUCACGAGUAACUACCAGCCCGUCGCCGGGGUGGAGGACGACGCGAGGAGCGACGGGACGGACCGCCUCUCGCACGGCGGUCCGACGGGGUCGUUCCUCAUGGACAGCGCGUCGAGGCAGUUAUCGCGCGCCAACUCGAGGGCGAACUCGCGCGCGAACUCGAGGCAGGUGUCGCUGUUCGGGGACGAGUACAACGGCGUGGAUUUCACGGAUUUAGGGAGCCCCGAGGCGCUGAGUCGAUCGCACGCGGAGCGGAUGCGGAUGCGAAAGGAGCGGCGAACGAAUUCGCGCAGCGGCGGCGGGAGCGGAUCGUUCGGUCGCGGCGGGACGCGAUCGACGUUGGAGGCUGCCGCCGCGCGGCUCUCGGAGACGGGCGCGGGUGGGGGUGGAGGGGGCACGCCGAGUGGGGUAACGCCCGGGAAGGGGAAGGAGAAGGGAAAGAAGAGAGACGCGCGUCGGAGUCUGUCGCUCACGGAGCUAGACGUGGAGCUCGGCGAACCGAUCCCGGAGUCGCCCGUCGCGUCCCCGGAGACCGCCGCAUCCCCGGAAGCGGCGGGGAAGGGGAAAGGGAAGGGAAAGGGGAAGGGAAAGUGA